AUGCUGUCUGUGAGAUCCCCGAGGAUGCACAUGAGCCGGAAUGUCGUGGAUUUGGGCCUGCUGGCCGCCUGCCGCUGCCGCCGCUGGGCCGCGCGCCCGGUGCCCAGGCGGCGCGCGCCAUGUGUUUGUUUCGUGGCCGCACCCAGCCAGACAGGUCUCGUGGCGAUCGACGUGCCGGCGACAGAGACCAUUGCUAGCACGGCGGCCGGGGCGGCGAGGCUCCCUGAGCGCAUGUCCAUCGCUUCGCUCUUAGAUGUCGUCUCCGACCACCUGCUCAAGCUCAACAACAACCUCAAAUCGAUGAGCGCCUUCCCGAGGUCACAUUCUCUUUGCUAA